CGGGGCGCCGAGCUACGGGUUCCGGGUGGGCUCCGGGGGUCCGGGAUGUGUCUGCUGCUGGGGGCUCCGGGCGUCGGGAAGACGCUGCUGGUGAAGCGGCUGCAGCAGCUGAGCUCGCGGGACGGCACGGGUGACGUGGGUGAGCCGCCGCCGACGCAGCCCACGGUGGGCACGGACCUCACGGACAUCAUGGUCCAGAGACGCAUCACCAUCCGCGAGCUGGGGGGCUGCAUGGGCCCCAUCUGGCCCAGCUACUACGGAGACUGCCGUGCCCUGCUGGUCUCUGCGUCCUGUGUGCAGCUCCUGGGGCUUCUUUCUGCACACCAGCUGGCAGGAGCCUCGGUCUUGAUCCUCUUCAACAAAAUAGACCUGCCGUGUCACAUGGGCCUGGAGGAGAUCAAGUCGCUCAUCCGGCUUCCGGACAUCGUGGCCUGUGCCAAGCAGGACGUGGCCACGGCAGCGGUCAGUGCCCGGGAAGGCACGGGCCUGAUGCAGGUGCUGCGCUGGCUGCAGGACACCCACAGAGCUGGCAGCUGAGCCUCAUGGGAACAGAGGGGCGUGGCGUGGCCCUAGGUGGUGGGUAAGCCUAGGCACCUGGGGCAGUCCUGUCCUGCCAUGGAGCCCAUAGGGCUGCCCACCCAGCACCUGUGACACCUGGGCUGUGGGCCCCUGCCUGCAUCCCCCCACGAGCACAGGACCCCCUGGCCUGCCUUAGGAAGCUGAGUAUAAACAAAGCUUCCAGAAAAAGCCAGCUUCGGCUCAUUUGUUCCUUAAGGGUCUGCAUCCCCGAGGUGUCCACAGGAUGAGCAGGUCCCCAUGGUGGGCAAAGGACAAGAGUCCCCUGUAGCCUGUGGUGUCCGCCUCCCCCGCGCCUGUGGCCUGCAGAGCCUCCUCCCUCGUGUCCUGUCAUGUCAUGGUGGAGCCAGAGUGAGCGGAUUAUACCCAGACACCCCUGUUGUCACAGACACUUGCGCUGUCGGAGCCCUCGUGGAUGGUGGCACACCUGUGGGUCUCGGGUGCCCGUGUGCCGGCCUGGUGGUGCGUGUCCACAGCCUGCAGUCCCCGCCCCAGGGUCAGCUCGGGCUCUGGCAGCACCGCCCUGGCAGGGGCAGGGAUGUCACGCUUCUGCCGGCCCC